AUGGCAUCUGACGAUCAGAGCCCAAACUACUUCCGUCCUCCGCCUGAAACAUAUGAAAUAUUCGCCGACUACGAGGGUGACGAGGCGGAAGAUGAUGACGAAGAGCCAAAUCCACACAGACCUUCUCAUGUCGCUCCAAAAAUCCCCCAGAGUGUCCAACGGGGUGGUCCAAUACAUAGAAUGAAAAAUCGACCUCGCACCUAUGCUCGUCAGUCUGUGUUUCUCCGUCCCAUUACGCAUAGGCAGCAGACUACUACGACGAGACGUGAGGAUAUUAAAAGACCAGCGCCAUCUGCAGGUCCCUCUGAAAGCUUACCACAGAUACCGACCUUGACACAGCAAGGAAGGCUUCUUCCAAAGGCACAAAGUCAUAGAGACGACUGCGAUGACGGAGACGAGUACGCAUUUCCCCUCCCAAAGCAAUACAAAACAUCAUACGCCCAAGUCCGUACUACAACUACAUCAACACAGUUUUCCGUCUUCUCGACGAAAGAUGACAAGAAAAAGGCGAAACAAAUCGAACGGCUUCUUCAGAGUGAAAAGACUCUGCGUGACUUCUUAGCCGAGUUCCCCAACGACACAAAGGUCCGUGGAAAGAUCCCUCAACUUGAGAAGUACAAGCAGAAGCUCCUGGGAGGCGAUGGGUUGCUCAAUUCGGCCGAAAUCAAAUGGGUCUACGAGGCGGAGAAACUUGUCGAACGGCGGCGAGUCGCAAGUGAGGUGAAAUUAUUUCAAGAGCAAACCAAGGCAGAAGAAGAACGGGCAUCUAAGAAACGCACAUUGGACGAGUCACAGCUUGGGGAAACCUCCCAUCCUUCUACGGGAGGAAAAACGGUUCCUCCAGGCUGGAGAAAGCGGAUGAAAGGGAAGGAGAUAGACGGCGAGAAUUCGGACGAAGAGUCAGACAAUGGAAAGCAUCCGUCCAAAGGGCAUAAAACUCUCCCAGCUAUAACUACCAAUAAUAUUAAUUUCGACGUCGCAAAGGAGCUAGAAGAUGAUGAUAAGUGGCAACGGCGGAGAAGAGGGGAAAGCGACGAAAGCGAUGGCGCUAAGGUAGAAUCGGACGAUAAAGAUAGCGACGAAGAGUGCAGUGAUACUAGUAGUGAUACGGAUUAA